AUGGUGAGGAACUUGAGUGCAGCCUACCAGAGGGAUUUGGGGAAUUGCAGUUUAUGGAGUGGGCAAAUGGAAAAUUAUUCGGCGGUGGAAAUGGCUCGUAAUUAGGACUGUGGUGCCUGUGUGCGAGGGGUGGGAAGGCGUAUUUGAUUUUGCAAAAGCAACUGUUAAACAAUGCACUGAUUUUGUUUGUGCCAUAAAGGGUCCUUCAUCAGCUGCAGACCCCAGGUUCUGUUUGCUUUUAAAAUGUGACCGUUUGAUUACCUACAGCAAAUAUUAAGCUCAUGUAGUCCUUGUUUAGACUGAUUACAUUAUUCUAAAUAUGGAAGUUGGAUUCUUGUCUUUUACAACUCCCAACUUCUGCCGAGGGAUUUAAGCGAUGACGAGCGAAGUCUUGUAGGACCUUCUACAAUAUGCAGGUGUAGGAGUUCUACAAAGCAGUGUUGCCAUUCUUUUUCCUUUCCCUCAUUUAAACCUGUGGUUGCAGAAUCUCUGUUGCCCCCUUAUUAUUUUUUUAGCUUCCUUUUUUCAACUUCGUUCUCUUCCUUCUGCUCCUCACACCCCCCAGUGGUCAAGAGGGUGCAAUCCCGUAACACUUUUCCUAUGGCACUAAUUCGUUCUCCAUCUCGACCCCGCAGAUGAGUUCUUGGCUGCAGCAAUGCUAUGGCGAACUCCGGUUCUUUGGAGCGCCCGGUGACCAACACAAUACUGUCAACAGUCGCAAGUUGCCAACUCAACGGGACUCACGGGGAAUGGCCUCCUCUUGCCUUGAAGGCUCUGAUGGAUCUUCUGUGCAGUGCCUGGGGAAAUGCAGGCACCCAUCGCCGCUUACUUGCAAGAGUAUCACGAGGAGCCUUUGCCCGGGGAAGGUCCUGUCCCUGGGUACCCGUGGGCAUCAGGCAUGGCUCAGCAGUGGAGCUAGGAGCAACUAG